GCCAGAACCCGAGAACUUCAGCAUCAGUCACUGGCUGGACGUGCGCAAGAUGAGACGUGCCUGAGACGGUUCCGACCCCGGUAGUGUUUCCGACGCAAGGAUUGUUGUUUGACGGAUAUAUUUGUAUUCAGGAGAAACGAGGAAAAAGUGUUUGUGGUGGUGUCGUCACCGGAAGUAAAGAGUCAAAUAUUGGAUUGCCAGUGCGCGCGACUUCCGGUGUUUGGGUACCGGAAAGAAGUCGAGGAAAAACUGAAGAGCAGAACAAAACUGGAUUUGAAACAGCUGGGCUGUUCAGAGAAUCCUGGUGAAUCAGAGAGUGUUGAUAGCAAUAAAUAGUGAGUGAGAAUUGCCAGUGGAGAUAAGCCGAUAAGCAGUGUGCUGAAGGAUGCUAAAGAGUCGGCUCUAGUGAAAUUGGAAGAGUAAAUACCGAGCCGUUUUUAUUUGGAAUACGAAAGUGAGAAGCAAGGAUUUGAACUCAGUGUGCCAUGAAUGCCAUCGCCAAGAUGUACCCGAAGCUGAGUGCGGUCGAGAUAUCGGCGAUUCUGAUGAAAGGUGCAGCCAUGUCCGCUGCGGCGUCGCUGGAGCGUGAUUCGGGCUUCAACUCGGGCAGCUCUGAACACGAGGAUGAUCUCAAGAGUCUGGAUCAAAGCUCGCGGGACGGUCUAAUCACGCCGGAGAACAGCUCGGAGGAUUCGGUGGAGGUGAAGCUUCCGCAGGCGAUCGUCAAGAAUAAACGAAAGAGCACGGAACCGUUGAGGGUGAUUUCCGACUCGGAUCUACUGGGACCGAUCAAGAAGCGCAUCCGGUUCGAGGAGCAACUCAAGCAGGAGAAGGAACUUCUGGAUCAGCACCAUGCCGGUGGAAACCCAUUCCGACCGUGGGCGCCAUCCAGUGGGCAUCUCCCACUGCCAGCUCACUUCCCCAGUCCCGCCGACCUCACGGUGAGACAUCCCGGCGUCACGACCCUCCACCGAGCCAUCAGUAUUAAACCGCUGGAUCAGCUGCAGCAACCGUCGCCAAUUCCCUCCCCCCAAUCGUAUCAGCAGCAACCGCUCGCCUUGGUUUCCAAAAAAUCCCAGUCCUCCAAGAAAGACCGCGCCCAGAGCAGUAGUCUGGACCGGUUGACCACCUCCGACAGUGAAUCCGUGUUCGUGCCACCCCACCCCGUCAUCGGAGAACCUUCUCGAUCCUCCAAGCACCAACAGCACUCUUCUCAGCCCCGCAACUACAAGAACAUGACCCGCGAGCGCCGAAUCGAGGCCAACGCCCGGGAGCGAACGCGCGUCCACACGAUCUCCGCCGCGUACGAGAAGCUCCGGUCGGCCGUACCCGCCUACUCGGACUCGCAGAAGCUCUCGAAGCUGUCGAUUCUGCGGAUCGCCUGCUCAUACAUUCUCACGCUGAGCCGAAUGGCGGGCGAGGACUACAGCGAGGACGCGUCCGCCCCGUCCAUCGGCGAGUGCGUCGAGAUGGUGACGAAAACCAUCCAAACCGAGGGCAAGAUCAAGAAGAAGAAGGACGAGUAAACGGGCGCGGACUCCCGCGAGAGUCAACACACAUGUGGUGCUGCGGACACACAAUAAAAUCAAAACGCUUAGCAAUUGAGAGAGGGAGAAAGGAGGGAGCUGUCAAAUAGAAUUUGAGCAACUUCCGGUACGGUUUCGCUUAGUCACAGCGCGACUGCGGGCAGUUAUUGGAAAUAAAACUACAGAUCUGGAAGUGAGUGUGAGAGUGUGAUUUCAAGCGCGUGACGAUUGUUUUAGUCGAUAGGGAACAGGUUUAUUAUUUAUUUUUGCUACCAACUCGCGCAAAGUUCAAGUCGAUUUUCCGCAAAAAAAACGAGGAAAAACAAAAUAUAAUAGUGUUUUAACUGAGAGGAGACGCAAAGAUGUAAAGAGUACAAAUAGAGGAGCAGGAAACGUUCAGGUCUGAUUCGUUGCCAUAAGGUUUUUUUUUCUUCUGCUUUCGAACGAAACAAAAUGAGAAUGAGACAAUAAACUCACCAAAAAAAGGUAACAAUAAACGAACGGGAGUUGUGAUUUUCAUAUUCGUAGAUUCCGUGAGAACAAUAGCAAGUGCCAUAUGCAAGUGUAACGCACACACCCACAAAUUAACAACGCAUUUUAGCCUGCAAGCACUUAACACACAUACACUUUGUCCUAAAAUAGUCACUUCAAUUGGAAUAAAUAGUGUUUUUUUAUGUUUUGUUUUGUUACAAACAGUUUGCUGAUCUUCACUAGAUAGGUUUUAAAGUUAGCGCAUCAACAACAAUUACUAGGCCAUACGUAUUUAUAAGCAAAUAAAAUUUGUGAUUGUUUUGUAAACAAUUUUAAAUGUCCUACAACAAAUACCCCAAAACAUUUUUGUGGAAAUAAGAUACAAAAUAAACCCGAAACUAUUUUCGAGUAAAAUUUAAAAA